AUGUCUACUGCUUCCAGUGAAAAUGAUGUGAUAAGAACUCGGAUACCUACUUAUGAUGAUGAUAAUACUGUCCUUUAUGCAUACGAGCCAAACAUUGCAUUUUUCCGUGAAGCCAAUGUUGUCCCUGAGACACCCACCGAUGAAGAUAACGAAAAAACAGUUAAGGAUGUUCUUGCCCACUGCCAGGUCAUACAUGAUGCUAUUCAAAACCUGGAUAGGAAGUUUGAUGUGAUUCAUGGAAAGGUGUCAAAAAUCCAACGCCAUCGUUCAAAAUCAUUUUGGCAGCGUCGUCCCAAGGGCUGCCAGCAUCGUCAGUGUCAGUCUCUUCUCAUCUACCCCACCUGA